AGUUUACCCGGUUGGUAUCGUUAUAUGUGUGAUCGAAAGGAGGCAAAUUAACACAGUGACACAAAGGCAAUGAGCUAAAAAAACCCCCAAACCAAAUGCAAAUAUGAGAUACUAACAUGAGUCUCAGCCAAAAAUACGAAAACAACAGAAACUGAUAUGGCAAGACCUGAACAGCAACAAUACUAAACAAACUCAGCAGAAAGAAAUCACAAGUGAGAACCAAAACACAAACACACACACAAGAACUGUCUGCACAAUGCAGAUCGAGAGGUCGUUUUGAAGACGCACGAGAAAGAGGAAUAACAACAAAUGUUGCCUUCACGAAAAUCCCAGGAGAGUUUUUCUUUCUUGCAUCCGAUAUCUCCACACAAAUAAGUGAUCUAAACUGCCCUAUCAGAAAGAUGGUUAAAAAAAAAAAAAGUUUAAUACAAGCCUUUUAAUUACACUUUUAUCUGUGCUUUGUGUGCAGAUGUUAAUGAGCAAGAUUCAUAUUCGUGACGUCUAUUUAAAAAGUCUUUUCAUUCUCAUCUAAUGUGAUUAAAUCACAUGGAGGAAUAUUUUCCCGUAAACGUAGCUGCACGUAAUUCUAAUAAGAUCUCAUAAAUUCGCUCGGAAUCGUCCAGACCUGUAAUCAUUUAAAGUCUAAUAAACUUUAACCAGUUGAAGGGAUGAAUCGUUCUGCCAUCUUUAAGAAUCCCCAGCUGUGCAGUGAAAAUAAUAAUAAUUAAAAAAAGUAAUUCAAAGCGUUUUUAAAGGGUGACUUCAUUCAUUUAGGUUUGUGUUUUCAAAUGUCUUGAUCCCAUCUGCGUUUGCUGUCCUGGUGGAUAAGGAAAACACAACUCCGACCUCCACCUGCUGCUCCGGGAGUGUUUUUGCGUCGACACAUAUUCAGUGCUAUUUGAGCUGUGAACCAGGUGCCGAAAUGAAGCACAUAGAACAUUAAAAACCAGACAGAUGAAAUCUUAAGAAACACAAUAAUUAGAGUUGCAACAAAGUAGAGCAUAGGGCUCACCCUCUUCCCGUGGUUGAGCCACAUUGCUGCCUGCUCUAUGUGGAUUGUGUUUUCCUCAUCUUUCUGUCUUUCUGCUGAAGAUGUUUCAUUGCGUUUCUCCUUAACCUCAGGGUCAUGUGCAGUCUUCUGUUUAGUGAUACUGCUGCUGGUGGUGGUGCUCUACAGAAAGGAUCUACUCUGCUGCAGACUCAGGCCCUGCAGGACACAGGAAUAUGCAAAUGACCUGCCCCAGUACAGCAGCAGACAUUCUCUCUUUGGCAUCGCCCACCGUGGGCACAAUGCCGCCUUGAAUCAGCGAGCGAUGGGAUCACAGCUUCCUGGAACGCUGUUUAUCAUCGGAAAGCCAAACGACUACCACCUGUCGGGCCCGCAGCCACGACUGCCAUCUUACGAAAGCGUGCGGAAGAAGGACCGCCAAAGACAGAUCCACGGCAUGAUCGCUCGGCGCAUUGGCCUGGAUAGCAGUCACGAUGAGCCGCCACCAACAUACGAGGAAAUAUUUUAUUCUAAUCCACAAGCUUCUCCAACCAACGUUCACCUGUCCAUAAACGCCUCACACUCGCGUGAAGAAACACGUGGCACAGCGGCGCAGAGUUACGCCUCUGUCUCCCCGAUGGGCAAAGAAGACCCCCGCUGCCAAGACAUGCCCACUGGUUCUGCUAACCGAACGGCCGUUUGAGUCAGAGCUGAUGAAUCUGUUCAAUUCUUGGGAGUAUUCACGCGAUAAUGACUCUGACUCAAGCUGUGCGCUCCUCCAGCCCGAGCCGAGCAUGACUGCGCUGCCUUUUCGCUCUUUCAAAGGGUGGUUCAAAACCGGCCUGACAGACACGAUGAUUAGCAAAAGGGCACAAACCGUUGCUGAAGGUGCCAGGUUUUUCUAAAGUGAAAAAGUAAAAACGAUUAGAAAAAUUUCUGUGCCACAGAUUCACAAAGAUUCUUCACAAUUCGACUGAAAAGAAGCAAUUUUGUCAGAUGGACCAAAAAAAAAAUCUGCAUCAACCUGUUGCUACAAGUGCAUAUGGAAAAUAUUUGAUUUCAUGUACCUUUUCAGAAUUCACUCGUCUUGGUUGCUGUAUUAACAUUAAUCAUAGCAAAUCUGAUGAUGAAUUUAGCAGUGCAUGUUGGAUUUUCUGAACUUUGUUUGUAAAUUGUUGUUAAUAAAUGCACUUGGCUUAUUUGGCACUUCAACAACCCAAAGCACGCCAGCAGGUCCUCCUCCAAAAUGCUAAUAAAAACCCAAAUGAAUGUGUUGCAGUGGACUAGUUAAAGUCUUGGCUUAAAUCCAACUAUGAUGUUGUGGACUGACCUUAAACAGGCCGUUAAUGGAAAACCCUCCAGAGUGACUGACCUGAAAUCAAUAAUGAGUGAUCUAAGUUCCUGAGCAGUGACUUAUUACAGUUCUUACAAAUGCUCUACAUCCUAGGAGAUGACAAAUAGCUAACCUGUGUGUUUUUCACAACACUCAAUGUGUGCGAAAGCAUACAAAUACUGAAAACGCUGUUAUUAAUUUGCUCUGAUAUUAUAAUGCAAUGUGCUUCAACUCAUGCAGUUGUAUUAAAUUUUCAUCACUGAA